UAGCCAUUGCAUGCGAGUAGAGUGGGUACGUACGUAGCCGAUCGAUCGAGGAGAAUGGCACUCACCUUUCCCAUGGCGUCGUCCCCGAAGCAUGGACCCGGAAACAUCGCCAACCGGUGGCGGGAGCUCCAGGGCUCGGGGUCAUGGGCCGGGCUCCUGGACCCGCUCGACUCCGACCUCCGCGCCUCUGUCAUCGCCUACGGCGAGCUCGCGGAGGCCACAUACGACGUGUUCGACACCAACGAGAGCUCGGCGGAGGCCGGCCAGUGCAUGUACAGCUGCGCCGAAGUGCUCGCCGCCUCCGGCGUGUCCCACCCGGAGUACUACACCGUCACCAAGUUCCUUUACGCGACCUGCGAUUUUCGACCGUGGUUGGAGUCGGAGUCGGAGUCAGAGUCGGAGUCGGAGAGCGUGGUAGCCAAGGCGCUGUUCGUGAAGCCGGAGGGGGAGGGGGAGUGGCCGUGGGCGUGGGCGUCGACCAACUGGAUCGGGUACGUGGCGGUAGCGACGGACGAGGGUGUGGUGGCGCUGGGCCGGCGCGACAUCGUCGUGGCGUGGCGCGGCUCCGUUAAGGUAGUGGAGUUUCUCAAAGACACACACUUUUCGUUCGGGUCCGCGGAGAAGGUGCUGGGCCCGUCGUCGGAGAAAUUCAAGAACGCAAAGGUGCACCGUGGCUUCCUGUCCGUGUACACAGCUGCACCGCGCUCCAUUGAGAACCACCUGCUGCAGGAGACUACUGACAACGGUGUAGUAACGACCAGUGUCGGAGAACAGGCCCUCUUAGAAGUGGGGAAGCUAAUGAAGGUGCACAAGGAGGAGGUGACCAGCAUCACCGUCACCGGCCACAGCCUUGGCGCCUCACUUGCCACCCUCAACGCCAUCGACAUGGUGGCCAACCACAUCAACGUGCCCCUGGGCACCACCUCCAUGCAGCCGCCAUGCCCCGUGACGGCGAUCCUGUUCGCGAGCCCGCGGGUCGGGAACUUGGACUUCGAGCGCGCCUUCGCCUCGUUCUCCGAACUACGGGCACUCGGCGUGAUCAACCAAAAUGACAAAGUGCCGACGCUCCCACCAAAAAUUGUGGGGUACGUGGAUGCGGCAACGGCGACGCUACCUAUCGACACGACGCGGUCACCGUUCCUGCGCCCCGGCAGCACCUGGACGUACCACAACCUCGAGUGCUACCUGCAUGGCGUCUCCGGGGAUCAUGGUGCCAACAGGGACUUCAAACUGGUGGUGGACCGUGACCUGGGACUGGUGAAUAAAGGUACCAACGCGCUGAAAGAGGGGUAUCCGGUGCAGGAAAACUGGUGGAACGCCAAUUACCGAUGCACGGUCAACCAUGUCGUUGGCCGCUGGAAGCUCGAGAACCUCAACCAUGAAUAAUUAAGUUGUUAAGUUACUGUGCAUGCACCCUCAGCCUUGGAGGAGGCUUAUAUCUACAAUAAUGCCGGUGCUUGACUAGUUGUGUGUUUUCGUAUACAUCCAUAAUUCAUAGUAGACGGGCAGCGCACUUCGCCAUGCCCGCCUGCCCACCAUUGUCUCAUUGCCUAUUUUGUGUGUCAUGUUGAUGCAUGGUUACUUUGUUUGAGCUAUGCCCAGUUGAACUAUAUAUUGUAGUCA